AUGCCAUUGGCUCCACGAUGUAGUGGCCACGUGAAGUGUUGUCAAAUAUCACCGCUCUUUAUCAAUCUUCAAGUCGAUCUGCUUCAAAUUAUUUUUGCACAAAAUCUCUUGACUGAAAGAGUUGAUCAUUUGGAUGAAUCUCAUAAUCGUGAGAGACAAGGGCGGAAUCAGGGGACCGUAAAUAUUGGGGUUCGCGCACGAUAUGCAUCCAGAGCAAAAGCCACUGCAGGUCAUACAGUAUCACAUGGCACUAAGAAUAAGCAAAGAACUCAGUCAGCAAACUUGGCUGAAGACUCUCGAUCUGCAGAGACAAGUUAUGAAGUGACUGUAGAGUUAAUAAUCUCCGAGUUUACCAGUAAUAAUGACGAGGGAUCUAAAUCCUCCGGUGAAGGAUAUAAAUCCUCCGGUGAAGGAUAUGAUAAUGAUGAAAAAGAUGCAGAGGAGGAAAUCAUAUCGGCUACUCAUAUCAUCACUACUCCCACCGUCUCUGACAAAGAAUUAAAUCAAUCUUUGAAGAAGCGUCAACUAGACCCUAAUAUUCAUGGUGCCAAUAAAAAAGAAGCAGCCACAAUACACUACAAAAAUAUUGAAAUUACCGAUUUGAAAAAAACCGCAGGUAGUGCAGGUGCAACAUCAGACAACUUGGGUAGACCUCGUCUUUAUCCACCAGGGAGGAUCAUCCAUAUUCUCCCUGCACCUUCCUCUAAAAAUUCUAAAUCAAACCACUACGAUGAUUCUGAUGAGAAGCAUGUCUUGUACGAAACGGCUGCAGAACUGUAUGAAAAGCUCAGACUUUCAAGAGGGAUGAUACUUGAUCAUAUGGCAACCAAUUAUCUGAAGGCGUUACAACAAUUAAUCAAUCAAUUUGGGGAAGAGAGUUUCCAAUAUGGUGGAUGA